CCGCCGGCUGAUGGCCACGCAGGAGGUGGAGGCGCGCUCCUGCGCCGACAGCCUGCCCCAGCUGGACCACCUGCUCGGCGCCGACUUCAGGCUCCAUAAGAAUGAGCUGGAGCAGCUGUACGUGGAGGUGCUGUACACGAUCGCCAACAAAGUGGGCGCCUCCACGGGCCAGUACGCACACUACAAAGAGGACCUCUUCUCGUACGCGCAGAAGGCCUUCGGUAUCCCCAAUGAUGUCCACCGCAAGUUCCUCGCCAUCGCCAGCGAAGAGAAGCCUCCCAUCGUGGUCCUGAACGUGGUGGUGCUGGAGGCGGAGGGCCUGGAGGCGAAGGAUGCCAACGGCUUCAGCGACCCGUACUGCAUGCUGGGCAUCCAGCCGGGCGGCCUGCAGCCGCCGUCGCCGCAGCCGGGCAGCGGCCAGAGCUCCCGCGAGACGCCGCCGGGCUCCCCGCGCCACGCCUCGGCCGCCGCCACCGGCCGCACGCUCUCCGACAGCGGAGACCCCGACCAGCCGCACAGGGACACCUCGCCGCACGAGAAGCUGCGCAAGCACCACAGCUUCCGGCUGAGCUUCAAGCGGAAGGAGCACGGCUACGGCCGGGAGCGGCGCGACACCAUCCACCGCGACAGCCUGUCCGCCGCCGUGCCCGCAAAGUUCAUCCGCGCCACCAGCGUCAAGCCGCAGACGCUCAACCCGCGCUGGAACGAGAAGUUUCGCUUUGAUAUCGAUGACGUUGCGAGUGACAUUCUACAUCUGGAUAUCUGGGACCACGACGACGAGUCGUCGGUGUUCGAUGCGGUCAGCAAGCUGAACGAGGUGCGCGGCGUGAAGGGUCUGGGCCGCUUCUUCAAGCAGAUCGCGCAGAGCGCCCGCUCCGGCAACCAGGACGACUUCCUCGGCUGCGUCAACAUCCCGCUGCAGGACAUCCCGUCUACGGGGCUGGACCGCUGGUACCAGCUGGAGGCGCGCACGCAGCGCUCCAACAUCCAGGGCCGCAUCCGGCUCAAGCUGUGGCUGUCGACGCGCGAGGACCGCGGCAACUCCGAGGAGGACAACGGCUCCGAGAUCCGCCAGCAGCAGCGCCUCUACGCCGUCUUCAUUGGCCACGAGCUCGACCGCUUCUCGGGCCCGACGUGGGAGUGGAGCGGCGAGCUGCCGCACGUGGCGCAGACGAUCCUGCACCAGCACGCGAUCCAGGGCGACGUGACGGAGCUGCAGCUGGCCGCCGUGCGCUGGACGGCCUACUGCCGGCAGGCGCUGUCUUCGCCGCUGGACACUCGCAUCCUGCUGCGCCUGCUGCAGGACCUGGACGCGCGCUGGCCGCACGAGACGCUGUCCCGCGAGGAGGAGGAGAGUCUGGCGGAAUCAUUCAACAUGUUCCUUGAGUUCUCCUUGCAGAUGUUGAGAAAGCAUCGUCAGUAUUUUCCCCCACACAACAGAGCAGCCAUGUCAAGGCUUGAUUAUCUGCUUAGGUGUCUUGGUCUUUUGGCAAAUAUGAAAGCAUUCUGGAAAUGUUGCCCCUUCAACAAAGAAAUUAGAGGCGAGAUUAUUACAGCUCUUAAGAAAGGAACACUUGAAUGGUAUGAAGAAAUUCAUACAUACCAUAAACCAAGUUCAAGGAAUCAAGAUGUUGUUAUACACAGUUUGAUCCAUCUCAUUACAUUGUUAAUUGUUGAUCUUCAAAAAGGAUUAGAUUUCUACAACAGUUUAUUUGAAAGCACAAAUGGUGUUCCCUACUUUUCUGCAAUUUUCAAGCAGCUUGAAAAAAUGUUGGCGGAGGAUGUGGGCAAAGAACUGGAAAUCUUUGAGGUACAAGGUGACAUUGGACCACAGGUGGCAGCUUUGUGUGUGCAGUUUCAGUCACCUUCUCCUCCAGAUGAUGCAUCACUUCCUGCUGGCUGUGAAAUUGGCACUGCUAUCUUUGAACUGUAUCUUGCAUUGCAGGAGUUUGUCAGUUUUCGAGACCAUCUCUCGCCUGUUGAUCAAAAAUCUCUGUCUAUAAAUUGUUACUAUGAGUGGUUUGAACCAGCACUUGACAGAUGGUUGGAUGUAUCAAAGUUCAAGGCAAUGCAUCGUAUCCACAAGGCAGCUGAACUGAAUAAAGUUUGCACUGGUGAUUUCAUUGUUAAACAUAGUACCUCAGCUGUGGAUGCAACUGCGUGUUUCUACCAGAUAAAAGAGUUCUGGAGGCAGUUAGCUUGGCCUGACUUAGUGGGAUCAUACAACUACAUAAUGAAGAUCAUUGAUUGUAUCUGUGGUGCAGCCGUGUAUUAUGCUGAUCUCACCCAUCAAAAACUUCAAGAUACAGGAUAUUAUGAGGACAAUGCUCCCUUCAAGAUAAGUGAUGAGAUGUGUGUAACUGUAAAUGACCUUGAAUAUGUUCGACGAUGGCUUGCCCCACUUGGCACUGAAUUGCAGGCGGAAGUUGUAUUAGAAGCAGUUGAAGCAGGCAGUGGAGGAAGCCAGCAGUGGCGUACUGCUUUAUAUAAUAUGCUGGAUGGAGCUAUUACACAGCUUGAAGCUCGUGCUCUGCAGGUUAUCAACAGAGUUGCUGCAAAGAUGCGGCCAGCCCUGAAGAAAGCAACAUUUCAUCUGGCAUGGUCACCAGACUCCUUACCAGCUUCUGAAGCCAUUUCACCACUACUGGAAUACCUUGAUGCACAUCUUGUUGCCCUUAAUGCGGCACUUCUGCCACGUAAUUUUGAGCGACUGUUGUCUGAUGUGUGGCAGGUGUCAUUGCUAGAGCUGGGUCAGCAGAUGGAUGGCAGUGCCGGGGACAAAAUGCCCAUGUUCUAUGAGCGACUGUAUGAAGCACUGGAAAUUCUUGUGGAUUUCUUCCAUGCUGAGCAGAAAGGUUUACCACUGGAACAAUUGAAAUCAUCAACAUAUUGGAGUGUGGAACAACGUCUGCAGUAUCACAAGACAGACACAGAAGGUCUGAUAAACCUGUAUUACCAACAACGGUUGCAAGAUCAACUGGCAACAGAAAGCACCGAGUACGGCGUUCUUUCAGUGCGUGCUUACUUCAACCAUGACUCCCUUUGUGUUGAAGUUCUGAAUGCACGUGAUGUCAUUCCUCUGGAUCCAAAUGGUUUCAGUGAUCCAUUUGUGAUAAUUGAACUUCUUCCUCGGAAAGUUUUUGCUCAUUGCACUGAACAGCAAACUAAUGUGCAGAAGAAAACGUUAAAUCCACUCUUUGAUGAAUGUUUUGAAUUUUCAGUGACACUGGAGCAAUGUCGACAUGAAGGUGCCAUGAUACUCUUCACAGUGAUGGAUCACGAUGUUCUCACAUCAAAUGACUUUGCUGGUGAAGCUUUUCUGGCACUGGGUAAUAUACCUGGUGUAGCAGAUAACAACACAAGUAUUGACAACUUCCAUGGAUUAAAACAGGUUGAUCUGAAUCUCAUGCACCAAAAGAACAAAAACCAUCCAAUACUGCAGAUUUUGGAGACAAGAACUGUGGACAAAAUGGCCCAGGAUUUUGUUAAGAAACAAAAACCUCGUAUAAGUACAUAAUACAUUACAUGUACUAAUUUUGAAAUGUGUACAUAUAAGAUGAUAUGAUUAAUAUGGUACUUACAUCAAAAGGAAAACUUGUGUCCCAUGCAUCAUGUGAGAGCUGUUCUAUUUGAAGGAACUAGUGCAGAACAGGCAGUUCAGAAAUUGCUGAUCAUGAGAAACAGCUUUUAAAUAAUAUUACCAAAGCACAAUAAGUGUAGGAUUUUUAAAUGUGUGUUGUAAGUGAUAAAAAAACGAGUUUUGCUAUCUCAACAUCAAUCAAGGUCAGUAAUGUCCACUUUUUGUGUACUGUAUAGUGAAUUUAUGGAAAAUGAACUAACUGUAUAAAUUGUUACAAGAAAUUCCAUGUGCCAGUCUUGCAGUGCAUAAUACUACAAGAAAACAUCUGUGUAAAGAUGUUGCAGUGUGUGUUUAAAAUCAGUGCUAUUAAAGGACCAGAUAAAAAUCAAUGUAAUAUCAAUUUUGCUUAAUUCAUCUUGCAUUGAUGUUGACACAGUAAUGGUUUUGGUUAUAUCUUUUUGCUGAGUAACAGACGACAAUGGCACAUCCUAAGUGCAAUUUGUCUGUAUUCUAUUCCAGUAGCUGGACAAUAACAUAUUAUUAUUACUAUCAUCUUUCUGCAGUGUUGAUUUAUGGAGCAAUGUUUCUAUAGCUAUUUAAGGUGACAGAUGUGAACUGUUUACUUAGGUGUUUGAUCUUCAAUCAUUCUGUUGUGAUAUAUGGUAUUGCUUGCAUCUGUAAAGUGAAUUUGAAGGAGUGAUGAAUACUGUUCAGUUCAUGCGAAACCUCAUUUUAUAGUUUCUGAUGGCCAUUUUUCUAGUACUGUGAUAUGAAAGACAGUAAAUCUACAUGCAUAUGAAAGUCGGAGUAUGUGGCACCAUCAAAGACUUAAUUGAAAAUGUAAAGACAAUCUUCUUCAGAGAUAAGCAGCAACCAGCUGUCUUUUAACUCAUAUUUUUUUAUGUUUGAACUUGUCCUCUGAAUUCUAAGAAAAUGAAUAUUUUAUAAUGUAAUAAAAAUAAAAAUAUAGUGUGCUCUACUAAUCUUUAAUAA